ACCACAGUCUGCCAGCCUCAGCGAAGAACCGCAGUGAUGUGCGGUGCUAGACUGUGGGUCGCUUCCCCACGGCGAAAAAUGAGGAGGGAAAAAAAAAAAAAAAAAAAAGAUAAUUUGGUUGGGAAAAUGUUGUGUUUGGGUGGAUUCCGGCUCGGGGCAGGGCUGGGCAGAGCGUGCCUCCCCUGGCUGGGGUACAGCUGAGGUAGACACCUCCGACCCCAGCCGAUGAAUGAGGACAGUAGCCGAGAAAAGAAGAAAUUCAAAGGAAAGAAAGAAAGGCGGGGGGAAGGGAAAACAAGCAGAAAUACUCUUGUGAUUGGAAAUGUAUCCCUCACUGAGGGUCUGGCAGCGCGGAGCGCAGGGAGAUCUGGCCGCCGCGGCGGAGCCGGCCCGAGGGAGCACGAAAGGGAUGGCGCAGCCCCGGCAGCACCAAACCCGGUAACGCCGGGAGCCGGGGAGUGCUCGCUGCUGCGCUUUCGUUCUGGUCAUGCAGUGCACACCUGGGCUGGGAAGUGAGAGGGCUGUGGGAGGAGAGCGUGGGGCAGGCUUCUCCACGGGCGCGCUAGAUGGGAAAAUACACCUUUUUUUUUUUUUUUUUUUUUUUUUUUCCUUUCCCCUCUGGUGGGAGAAAAUACUACACCCGCCGGAGGCUGGUUGUUGAUUAUUAUUUCUCGCGGCUCCGCUGCGGCGCCGUGUACGGGCUCUUUCACUCCAGGACUGCUGUUGUCUUCACAGACAGAGGCUCCGGGGAAGUCAUCCAGCGCCCUGGGAGGCAGCCCGCGGCCGUGCGUUUCGGCCCUCGGAUUGACAACGGAUCACGGGUAAAAACGGGAUUACUAUGACCCUCUUCCGAGGAGCUAUGCUGCCAGCCAUGAGUAGGACAAAAGGCCAGAAGUACAUCCUUUGGUUGCUGCCUGGUGCCUCAAUCUUCUAGGUUACUUUUUUUUUUUUUUGCUUGUCUUUUUUAAAAUUAUUUUUUAAUGCAGUUGCUUGGAAGGCUGAGCUGCCCUGGAAAAAUGCCUUUCCCAUCUAUUUGACUCUGCUUUUCAGAGUACAUAUACUUUUUUUUUUUUUUUUUUUUUUUUUUUUUUUAAGAACACCUCAACUCUUCAAUACUUGUUUGCAUUUACACAACAGAACGGUUUUUCUGAGUAAUGGCCGCGCUCAGAAUCAUCGCCUGAUGCUCCGGAGAGAUGAAUUGCAGAUGAAUUUCCCUUCCACCUUUGGAUGAAUCUCUGGAGUUUAAAUUGUAGCAAGGAAGCGGGAAAAAAACACGAUGAAAGAGAAGUCUAAAAAUGCUGCCCGGACUAGACGGGAGAAAGAAAACAGUGAAUUUUAUGAACUGGCUAAAUUACUACCCCUGCCCUCCGCUAUCACCUCUCAGCUGGACAAAGCAUCCAUAAUCAGACUCACCACCAGCUAUUUAAAAAUGAGAGUGGUUUUUCCAGAAGGACUUGGAGAAGCCUGGGGCCACUCCAGCCGAACCAGCCCACUGGAUAAUGUCGGACGGGAACUGGGAUCCCAUCUUUUGCAGACGUUGGACGGUUUCAUAUUUGUUGUGGCUCCGGAUGGCAAGAUCAUGUACAUCUCGGAGACUGCCUCGGUGCACCUGGGCUUGUCGCAGGUAGAGCUCACCGGCAACAGCAUAUACGAGUACAUCCACCCCGCCGACCAUGACGAGAUGACGGCGGUGCUGACGGCGCACCAGCCUUACCACUCGCACUUCGUGCAGGAGUACGAGAUCGAGAGAUCCUUUUUUCUGAGGAUGAAGUGUGUCCUGGCCAAGAGGAACGCGGGCCUCACCUGCGGGGGCUACAAGGUCAUUCACUGCAGCGGGUACCUGAAGAUCCGCCAGUACAGCCUGGACAUGUCUCCCUUUGACGGCUGCUACCAAAAUGUUGGCUUGGUCGCCGUGGGCCACUCGCUGCCGCCCAGCGCCGUGACGGAGAUCAAGCUCCACAGCAAUAUGUUCAUGUUUCGGGCCAGCCUGGACAUGAAGCUCAUAUUCUUAGAUUCCAGGGUAGCUGAGCUAACAGGUUACGAGCCCCAGGACUUGAUAGAGAAGACCCUUUACCAUCACGUCCAUGGCUGUGACACCUUUCACCUACGUUGCGCACAUCACUUGUUGCUGGUGAAAGGGCAAGUGACCACCAAGUACUACCGCUUCUUGGCCAAGCACGGCGGCUGGGUGUGGGUGCAGAGCUACGCCACCAUCGUGCACAACAGCCGCUCCUCCCGCCCGCACUGCAUCGUCAGCGUCAACUACGUUCUCACGGAUACUGAAUAUAAAGGACUACAGCUCUCCCUGGAUCAGGUCACUGCUACCAAGCCGGCAUUCUCAUAUGCAAAUUCAACUCCGACCAUAACGGAUAAUAGGAAGGGAAGCAAAUCUCGCCUCUCGAGCACAAAGUCAAAAUCGAGGACAUCACCGUACCCACAGAGAAAAAGAAGUCUCAUGCUUUAUUGGGUGCUGACUGAGAAUCCUUCACCUUGCCAGCUGUGUGUCCCUAAGACAGGAAGAGGACACUGGGAUGAGGACAGUGUUGUUAGCUCACCUGAUCCUGGCUCUGCCAGUGAGUCAGGCGACCGAUACCGUACUGAGCAGUAUCAGAACAGUCCCCAUGAGCCCAGCAAAAUUGAAACUCUAAUAAGAGCCACCCAGCAAAUGAUUAAAGAAGAAGAAAACAGGCUACAGCUGCGGAAAACCACUCCUGACCCACUGGUCUCCAUUAAUGGCACGGGGAAGAAGCACGCUAUCUGUUUUGCCAACUACCCUCAGCAGCAGCUGGCAGCGGACGUCUGCCGUGUCCCAACAGUUGCCAGCACUCCUCCUUGUGAGCACAUCCAGCAGCGAGAUGGAAAGAUUAUGAGCCCACACGAAAAUGACUAUGACAACAGCCCCACAACACUGUCUAGGAUAAGUAGCCCCAGUUCUGAUCGAAUAUCAAAAUCUAGUUUGGUACUUGCUAAAGACUACCUGCAUUCAGACAUGUCCCCUCAUCAAACCCAAGGAGACCAUCCGGCAGCCUCUCCAAAUUAUUACAGCUCCCACAGGCAGUACUUUGAUAAGCAUGCUUACACACUAACUGGAUAUGCCCUGGAGCAUCUCUAUGACACUGAAACAAUUAGAAACUAUUCACUAGGCUGCAAUGGAUCCCACUUUGAUGUGACUUCUCACUUAAGGAUGCAGCAAGAUCCAGCACAAGGACACAAGGGAACAUCUGUUAUAAUAACCAAUGGAAGCUGA